AUGCAGACAGGUGGUAGUAGAAAACCGGAUCGAACUGGAUUUCCAGGUGUUGUGGGUUGUACUGAUGAGACUAUUAUUAAGAUUCAGGCUUCCAAAGAAAAUGAAGCUGAUUAUAUAUGUCAGAAAGGAUAUUAUGCCCUCAACAUACAAUAUCAAAUAAUUGACUUGGUGGCAAAGUGGCCAGGCAGUGUGCAUGAUUCAAGAAUAUUCCGUGAAUCAGCCUUAUGCACAUAUUUGGAGGAAGGUCAGAUUCAGGGGAUAGUACUUGGCGAUUCAGGGUAUGGCCUAAAACCUUAUCUGAUGACCCCAUACUUAUCAGCAGAGACAGAGGCCACACAUAAGUUCAAUACAGCUCAUUGCAGAACUAGAGUAACCAUAGAGCAAACGUAUGGAAUUAAAAAAGGAUCCAAUGCUCUUCACUGCGGAUUAAGAAUAAAUCCUGAGCCAGCAUGCAGGGUGGUAACAGCAUGUGUCAUACUGCAAAACAUUGGUCUAAUGAAGGGGGACAUUUUGACAGAAGUGCCCCCGUUUACUACUGACUCCAGCAGAGCACAUGAUGUUGUUAUCCCUGAGGAUGCAAUUGGUAGAACUGUGCGGGAUCACAUUAGAGACACCUACUUUCAUGUUUAA